GUCUACCAGGGCGGUUAGAUGCGUGUCCGGGAGAAGUGACACGCGUGGACGGGGUACGGGGGUAGCAAAAUACAAUUUUAAAGAAAAUAUUUAUUUAUUUUAAAAAAAAACCUUGGGUUUGGAGAAUUUAAGAAGAUUGUUAUAUAAACACAGAAAAAAUGGGACUUGGAGAAGGAAGGGACCAGUAUGAGUUGGCGGCGACCUCCGAGCCGGGCGGGAAGAAGAAGGCCAAGGCCAAGAAGAAGGAGAAGGACAUGGACGAGCUGAAGAAGGAAGUGGAUUUGGACGAUCACAAAUUGACCCUGGAUGAGCUUCACCGCAAGUAUAGCACAGACUUGAGCAGGGGGCUUACAGGUGCCCGUGCGGCAGAAAUCCUGGCCCGCGAUGGGCCGAACGCCCUGACCCCGCCCCCCACCACACCAGAAUGGGUAAAGUUCUGCAAGCAGAUGUUCGGUGGCUUCUCCAUGCUGCUGUGGACCGGAGCCGUCCUCUGCUUCCUCGCUUACGGAAUUCAGGCCGCCAUGGAGGAGGAGCCAGCCAAUGAUAACUUGUACUUGGGUGUUGUGUUGUCUGCUGUCGUCAUCAUCACUGGCUGCUUCUCAUACUACCAAGAAGCCAAAAGCUCCAAGAUCAUGGACUCCUUCAAGAACUUGGUUCCUCAGCAAGCCCUGGUCAUCCGUGAUGGUGAGAAGAACAGCAUCAAUGCAGAGGAGGUUGUGAUUGGAGAUCUGGUGGAGGUGAAGGGUGGAGACAGGAUCCCCGCUGACCUGCGCAUCAUCUCCGCUCACGGCUGCAAGGUGGACAACUCCUCCCUCACUGGCGAAUCUGAGCCUCAGACCCGCUCCCCUGACUUCUCCAAUGACAACCCUCUGGAGACCAGGAACAUUGCCUUCUUCUCCACCAACUGCGUUGAAGGGACGGCCCGCGGGAUUGUAAUCAGCACUGGAGAUCGCACGGUGAUGGGACGCAUUGCCACCCUGGCAUCUGGCCUGGAAGUGGGACGCACUCCCAUCUCCAUUGAAAUUGAGCACUUCAUCCACAUCAUCACGGGUGUGGCCGUGUUCCUGGGGAUGUCCUUCUUCAUCCUGUCCAUCAUUCUGGGGUACACCUGGCUUGAAGCUGUCAUCUUCCUCAUCGGGAUCAUUGUCGCCAACGUGCCCGAGGGUCUGCUGGCCACUGUCACCGUGUGUCUGACUCUGACUGCCAAGCGCAUGGCCAAGAAGAACUGCCUGGUGAAGAACCUGGAGGCCGUGGAGACCCUGGGCUCCACCUCCACCAUCUGCUCCGACAAGACCGGUACGCUGACCCAGAACCGCAUGACCGUGGCCCACAUGUGGUUCGACAACCAGAUCCACGAGGCCGACACCACCGAGAACCAGAGCGGCACCUCCUUCGACCGCAGCUCCGCCACCUGGGCCGCCCUGGCGCGCAUCGCCGGCUUGUGCAACCGCGCCGUCUUCCUGGCCGAGCAGGCCAACGUGCCCAUCCUGAAGAGAGAUGUGGCUGGUGACGCCUCUGAAUCGGCCCUGCUGAAGUGCAUUGAGCUGUGCUGUGGGUCUGUGAAGGAAAUGAGAGAGCAGUACAACAAGAUCUCAGAAAUCCCCUUCAACUCCACCAACAAGUACCAGCUUUCCAUCCACAAGAACACCAAUGCCUCUGAGUCCAAGCACCUGCUGGUGAUGAAGGGAGCCCCGGAGAGGAUUCUGGAUCGCUGUGCCACCAUCUUGAUCCAGGGCAAAGAGCAGCCCUUAGAUGAGGAGAUGAAGGACGCCUUCCAGAACGCAUACCUGGAACUGGGAGGCCUGGGAGAGAGAGUGCUGGGGUUCUGCCAUUUUUCUCUGCCCGAUGACCAGUUUCCUGAAGGCUUCCAGUUUGACACCGAUGAGGUGAACUUCCCCACGGAGAAUCUCUGCUUCGUCGGCCUCAUGUCCAUGAUUGACCCCCCCCGUGCCGCCGUGCCCGACGCUGUGGGCAAGUGCAGAAGCGCCGGAAUCAAGGUUAUCAUGGUAACCGGUGAUCAUCCAAUCACUGCAAAGGCCAUUGCUAAAGGUGUAGGCAUCAUCUCUGAAGGCAACGAGACGGUUGAAGACAUCGCUGCGCGUCUGAACAUUCCAGUUCACGAAGUCAAUCCCAGAGAUGCUAAGGCCUGUGUGGUCCACGGAGGAGACCUGAAGGAUCUGUCCCCUGAGCAGCUGGAUGACAUCCUUAAACACCACACCGAGAUUGUGUUUGCGAGAACCUCUCCACAGCAGAAGCUCAUCAUCGUGGAAGGCUGCCAGAGACAGGGUGCCAUUGUGGCUGUGACAGGCGAUGGUGUCAACGACUCUCCCGCUCUGAAGAAGGCGGACAUUGGCGUUGCUAUGGGCAUUGCUGGCUCAGACGUCUCCAAACAGGCUGCUGACAUGAUUCUGCUGGAUGACAACUUUGCUUCAAUUGUGACUGGGGUGGAAGAAGGCCGUCUGAUCUUUGACAACUUGAAGAAGUCCAUCGCCUACACUCUCACUAGCAACAUUCCUGAGAUCACACCCUUCCUCCUCUUCAUCAUUGCAAAUAUCCCCCUGCCCCUGGGCACCGUCACCAUCCUCUGUAUCGACCUGGGCACUGACAUGGUUCCCGCCAUUUCACUGGCCUACGAAGCAGCUGAGAGCGACAUCAUGAAGAGACAGCCCAGAAACCCCAAAACAGACAAGCUGGUGAACGAGAGGCUCAUCAGCAUAGCCUAUGGACAGAUCGGUAUGAUCCAGGCUCUCGCUGGUUUCUUCACCUACUUUGUCAUCCUUGCCGAGAACGGAUUCCUCCCCGCGGACCUGGUCGGUAUCCGCGUGAACUGGGACGACAAAUACAUGAACGACCUGGAGGACAGCUACGGCCAGCAGUGGACCUACGAGCAGAGGAAGAUCGUGGAGUUCACCUGCCACACCGCCUUCUUCACCAGCAUUGUGGUCGUGCAGUGGGCUGAUCUGAUCAUCUGCAAGACCAGGAGGAACUCCGUCUUCCAGCAGGGAAUGAAGAACAAAAUCCUCAUCUUCGGAUUGUUUGAAGAAACAGCUCUGGCUGCCUUCCUGUCCUACUGCCCAGGAAUGGACAUCGCCCUCAGAAUGUACCCUCUGAAGCCCAACUGGUGGUUCUGCGCCUUCCCCUAUUCACUCCUCAUCUUCAUUUACGAUGAAAUCCGAAAACUCAUCAUCCGACGCAGCCCAGGAGGUUGGGUGGAAAGAGAGACGUACUACUAGUGCAUCCCAUCCACGUCACACAGUUCUCUUGCAUGGUAGUCUUGCUGCUCUGAAUUUUAACCUCAAGUAACUUUUGGAUGUUUUGUAUAGAGAAUGCUUGACACAACCUGAGAUCGUGAACUGAGACAUUGUGUGCCUUUGUUCUGGAGAAGGACAAAUUUUAUACAUGUUUUUAACAGUGUAAUAUAAAAUAAACAUUCAGUCAGGUCUUA